AUGGCGGCUCGUUACGAACUGGAAGUCACGGUUACCUCUGCCAAAAACCUGAAAAACGUCAACUGGCGCCACGGUUCUCUCAAACCCUACGUCGUCCUCUGGGUCGACCCGAGUAACAAAUGCUCUACACAUGUCGAUCAAGAAGGCGACGAAGCGCCGUUUUGGGAUCAAAAACUCACCCUCCCUCUCCACGAUCAGAUCGAGGACUCCACUCUCUACAUCGACAUCGUUCAUGCUAACGCCGAAGAGGGCACAAAACCCUUAGUCGGAUCCGCCAAGCUCAAGCUCAAGGAUGUGAUUGAACAGGUCGGAAUCGGUGAGGCUUUCGCUGAUAGUCUAAAAGUCAAGCGUCCUUCCGGCCGCCCCCAUGGAAAGGUGGUGGUCAAAGUCAUCCUCAGGGAACCCCACUAUCGUGCGAGGGAGUCUUAUUAUGCUCCUCCAGCUUACGGUAAUGCUCCACCACCACAACAGUACGCUGCUCCACCGUCCUACGGUGGGGAUCGUCCCUACGGUGCACCACCAUCAGGGUAUCCUUAUCCUCAGUAUGGCGCUCCCCCUCAGUACGAGCAGCAGGGUUAUGGUGUUCAACCAUCGUACGGUGAGUAUAAGGAAGAGAAGAAAAGCAAGUAUGGGAUGGGGACUGGACUGGCGGUUGAAUUCUCUACUCCAUGA